UCUUUGUCUCUCUGUCUCUCUCUUCCUUGGCUUCAAAGUCUUCCUUUCUUCACCAUCUCCAUUUCAUACAGAAGCAAAAAGCUCCUCAGAGGCUCACCUGUUCAUCAAUGGAGGACCCAAGCCCUUACAGAAAACCACAUUUCCCAUAUUCAGAGCUAAACUCAGCAAUUCAUCCAAACCCCAUUAAACAAGGUAAGUCCUACAUGAUGCACUUUCUCUUUAAAGCUCUCUUCUUUGCCCUUGUUAUUAUGGUUCUUCCACUAUUUCCUUCACAAGCUCCUGACUUUAUCAACCACACCAUACUCACCAAGUUCUGGGAGCUAAUUCACCUUGUUUUCAUUGGCAUUGCUGUGUCCUAUGGCUUGUUUAGCAGAAGAAAUGUUGAAAGGGGAUUUGAGAAUCCCUCAAAUCUUGGUAGUUCAGAGUCUUAUAUGCCUAGAAUUUUUCCUGUUUCAUCAAAUUUUGAUGAUGGAUAUGAAAACCCAUGUGGGUCUGAUGAGAAAAGAGUGGUUGGGCUUGGGACUUGGAAUUCUCAGUAUUUUGUAGGUAACCCUGUUACUGUAUCUUCUCAUGAAAGCACUGGUUUUGAUGCCCAGUGCAAACCCAGUUUGCCAGUUCAUGAACAUGGUUCUGAAAAUUCAUAUGGGUACAAAGAGAAUAAUCUAACUCAAGCUUGGAGUUCUCAGUACUUUCAGGGUGAACCAAUGGUGUUUGUAGCUCAACCAAAUUAUGGUCUUAAUGAAUGGGGUAAACCCAGAUCAAUAGUUGAUUCUGAGCCAUUAGGGUUGCCUAUUCGGAGCUUGAAAUCAAGGGUAAGAGACCAGGAUAGUUCUGAAUUUGUUACUAGGAGUGAGUCUGGUUCAAGUUCUAAUUUUUCACCUAAUAGUUCUGAUAAGAGUAGAAAUGGGGAAUUUGGUGAUUUGGGACCUCUAAAUUUGGAAGAGGAAUUCAAUGAAGCUACUGCAGCACCUUUCCCAGCUCAUCGGGGUUCGAGUUCUGGAAGGAUGGAAAGGGGGAAAAGAGUAGGUAGUAGUGGUCGUCCUUCACAUUUUAGGCCACUGUCAGUUGAUGAAACUCAGUUUGAAUCAAUGAAAACCCGGUCCUUACGGUCCACGUUGUCUUUCUCUUCCGAGUCUUCUCAAACUAGUUCCAUGUCUUCUUCUCCAAAAGAGGAGUCUUUUGCGCGCUCUAUAUCUUCAGAGGCUCUGAACUCAAAAGUGAAUAAUUUGAAGAAAAGGAAGAGUUCUCAAGGGUCUUCUCCUUCAGGCUUACCCUCAUCACCACCAAAACCAAUUACUGAAAAAGUUUCAAUGAGUACACUGCAUUCUCGGGGAUAUAGCAUUGGUUCUUUCCAUGAGGAGGACUUGAGGAGAAGCUCAGAAAAUUACUUCAAGGACUUGAGCGGAAGUGGAAGUGAAGAGGAUCAAUUGGGUAACAAAGAGUUGGGGCCAGCUUCUUUGAGAUCAGAUGUGAAACCUGCAAGCCUCACUAAAGCGUCAUUAAGGGGAAGAUCAGUUAGAACAAUCAGACCAAGUAGACUGACCACUGAUGACAAGGUUGAAAAGAUGUGUGAUAAUGGUGGAGCUAUAUCUAUGAGGAAAGAUAUAAUUCAAAAUGGAGGAACCGACAAGAAGUUUUUUGACAAUGUAACUGGUAAGCUAGAUCUUGGCAAUUCCUUGCACAUGCCAAAGCCAACAAUUCCCAAGUAUCAGAAGAAGGAGAUGCAAGAAUUUCAUGGCAAUGUUGUUGCCGAAGAGUCUGAAGACGACUCGGAAAGUGAGGCCAAAAACUUUCUAGUAAGUUCAGAAGAUGAAGAUGCUGAUCCUCCUGCUGCUGCUGCUGCUACAUGUAACUCUGUCAAUGUUGCAGGACCAGACUCUGAGGUUGAUAAGAAGGCCGGCGAGUUUAUAGCCAAAUUUCGAGAGCAGAUAAGGCUUCAAAAAGUAGCAUCACUUGACAGAUCAAGAGGGCUAGGCACGAGUGGUAAUUGCUUUAGGUGAUCAUAUAUAAAAUACUAAUAAUGCUCUGUAGAGUUGUGGGAAGAUGGAUCAUUCAUCCUGUUCUAGCUUAAAGUGUUUAUCUAUUUAUUUACACUUUAUUCAUUUGAUGGGCAUUUCUUGUUUCUGCUGUACAAGACCAGGUAGAUGUUUAGAAAGCAUUUUCAAUCACACUACUAUUUUCCU